GUACUCCAAAUUCUAUAUUAUUCUAUAUUGGUACUCACUUGUGUCCAAUAACUUGUGACAAAGACUUCCUUUACUGCCACCUCUCCUCUGCUGCUAUUUUCUACGGAGUAUCAAUUUUCGGUUGAUUUUAUUUGUAAAUCACCGGAAGUUCAAACUCGAAUUGGGAAUUUUGAUAAUUUUUCCGGGGAUUUAGUUUGAUUGAAUCCUCCAUCUGCGAUCGAAGUCAGAGCAAAAGAGAGAAGUUGAGUGCAGAGAUUAAAGAUGGGGUUUUUCGUUACAUCCCUCAUUUUCCUGGUGAUUGGGAUUAUUGCUUGUCUUUGUACCAGAAUUUGUUUCAAUCGGGGCCCUUCUACCAAUCUGUUCCACCUAACUUUGGUUAUUACAGCAACAGUUUGCUGUUGGAUGAUGUGGGCAAUUGUAUAUCUUGCGCAGAUGAAGCCUCUCAUUAACCCUAUACUGAAUGAAGCAGAGUGAACUGGGAUUGUGGACGAAAAAUAGAAAGAAUGCUUCUGUAGAUAUCAAAUGUUACCAUUUUUGCAGAUUUUUCCGAGGAACUCAUGUGGAUUUGUAUGUAAUUCUAUUAUUGCAGAGAAUAACGAUAUUCCUUAUUUUUUUUGUUUUAAAUCUUCCCUUGUAUUUUAUGCACCAAUCUAGUUUGAAUGGAUAAUCUUCUUUGUGAAUGAAAUAAUAAUAAAUUGGUGGAAUACAACAAUACAAUUCCAUUUUCGGUUAUGAA